AGACCUUAAGGAUUGGAAUAUCUCUAAAGAGAUAGCUUUGGAUAGGAGCGCUUGGAGACUAACUAUCAAUGUGGCUGAACCUUGAACUUAUUUCUUUCGGGUUUCAUCUCUAGCCUACCCCAACUUGCUUGGAAAAAAAGGCUAUAUUGUUGUUGUAAAUGACUCAUGGCAAAAAGCAGUUCUACUGGUAGCAAUGAAUGCUUCCAUUUUUUUCAGAUGUGGAAUAUUCCAAAAUCCUAGAAAAAAAUUGUAGAUGUUAAAUUAUGCUCAUCUCCAAAAGUAUGCAAGAUGAGGCAAAAAUGUAAAAAAUGCCUUGUAUCUACAGUCUCUUUGUUGCUCCAUAGAAAUGCGUGUAAAUUAUUGUAUUCAGAAGGUAAACAUGGCAACAUGCCCCAUAUGUGAGAAUGCUUAUGGAUUUCUGGAACAUUUGUAUGUUUCUUUCAGUGGGAACAUUUCUCAUGUUCAAUUCCUACUGGUAAAACAGGAAUUGUUACCUUAAAAACAAUAAAUUCUCUUCCAAGAUCCAUCUGUUGUUUUCGACAAAUACUAUUUCUUCAAAUGAGAACGAAACUUCCCUGUCUUGUGAUACAUGCAGGUAGAUGAUACUGAAGUUGUCAAAUUCUUGCUGAAAAAUGAGGUCAUUCCUCUGUGCUUGCGAAUCAUGGGGACAGGCAGUGAGCUUUCAAAAACAGUGGCCACUUUCAUUGUCCAAAAGAUUAUGCUAGAUGAAGUGGGGCUACAGCAUAUCUGUGCCACCUCGGAACGUUUCUUUGAGGCAGCCAAUGUUUUAGCAAACAUGGUGGUUGCAUUAGCUGAACAGCCCUCCACCAGGUUGCUGAAGCACGUUAUCCACUGCUACAUCAGGCUGACGGAUGAUCCCAGGGCCUGUGCUGCGUUGCGAACUCACCUUCCUGAGGCUCUGGGAAACGGAACAUUUGAUAACUGCCUUAGGGACGACCCUGCUGCAAAGGAUGCCCUCCAAAAAUUGUUGGAUAAGCUGGCUGGUCCUGCCGGCGAAGCACCUCAUCCAGGCCCAGGUCCCGCGGCAGGCAGGACCCAUGGAGAACCCGCUCAGGCAGGCCCAAGUCACACGGCAUGAUACAGAUUUGGUUGCUGCAAUCCAGAAUUGGCUACAGCGAUGCGAUUAUCUUUUAGCGAAUUGCAGCUAGUGGAAGACCAUGCAUGGCUCUCGCACAAAGCGUUAUGCUGCAGUUUAUUACCGUUUCAAUAAGAACUGAGGCAGUCAGUCCAGUUGCAGUGCCUGCAGUAGUACUGCUUUAUGCAUUCUUAAUAUUUUUGGACAACAAAAAUUGAACAAAAUCAGUGUUCUAAAAUAGAGAAAAUACCCUUUUAUA